UUGCUCCCGAGAAUCCUAAUUACACACAAUGUGUCACUUCGGCACGCAUUGUAUGUCCGCUGUGGGGCUGGUCGAAACCAGUGGAGGGUGUAGGGAUCGAAAAGUUCAAGGCCAAUGUUCACAAGGCGAGAGACGCUCUGGAACAUGUUCUACACGCAAUUAAGAGUCCGAAACGGUUGCUUAUGGAGACAACGGCAGCAAAUGCGCCAAAGAAUGCAGCGAUCCCCGCAGAUGACUAA